CGCUUUCGUGUCUGACCUUUUGAAGCACGACAUCGUAUGGCGUUAGGGUGCUCAUGUCUGGGCGUUCAUAGACAAACAGCCGCCCGUGUUGUUUUAAAUCGACGAUCUUCCAAUAACGAUUAGUACCAUUAGCAGCGACGAUGGCCAAAUUCAACUUCCCACCACUAGAUGCUGGGCCACCUUCACGUCGCAACUGGUAUCAAGAGCUUCUUGAUGACCCUCAAUGUCGCGGUGACCCAAAACGAGUUCAAGAGGCAUACGAAACCCAUAGAGAUGCAUGGAGGGCAAAGCAAAUCGAACUAUUUUCCCACGGCGAGACAAACCCUGUCAUAUCUGAUCAAACCCUUCUCAAGCACUUGGCUCGCCAAAAGAGGCUUCGAAACGGCCAUCAACAUGAUGAGAAUGAUGACACAGAUUCCCAGGAGAUCAACUGCUGUGUCAUUUGGGCAAGACCUCCUCAACACGUCCUCAACCAGAUACAGACCGUCCAAGCAGAUCUUCAGCGACUUGUUAGCGAUGACCUAUACCUCAUACCAGAGAAGGACCUACACCUCUCAGUGAUCGAGCUGUCGCAUCGCCAUACCGUACCACAGCUUCGUAGUGUCGCUGAUGAGAUCGGAUCAGCACGUAUCCAGAAGAUCCUCGGCCUCGUCUCGACACUGGACACCAAGCCUGGAUUAGUAGCACCGACCAUUAGCUUUGACAAGAUGGGCAUCGCAGUGAAUUUUCUCCCAACCGAUGUCAGUUCGUACACAUACCAUCAUCUGAGAAGCGACAUGCAUGCUCAAGCACUGGAGAGUGGGAUCGAUAUCGAUAUGUGCUACACUGCUCCUUCUGCGCACAUCACAAUCGGAAGAUUCAUCGGAAACAAGUUCUUCGAGAUAGUGGAAACGCGGAAGAAGUUUGUUCAGCUGGUCCAAGACUUCAACAGCGUGGCAGUAGCGGAGAAAGAUGGCUGGGUUGUUGGUGAGAGUCAAGGCCUUGAGAUGCAACUUGGAUAUCUGAAGUUCGGUAGAGAGAGCAGUAAGGCGGAUUUGGUAGGUAAAAUAUGACAGGACCAAUCCAGCUUUCGAGAAAUACUAAGCCCCUGUGGUCCAUGUGGGGGUGUGUAGCUCCUUUGAUCAGUAGGAAAGGUAACGCCAGUACCAAGUGAAUCGAAAGACCUCAUGCAACGCCC